GCAGAAGAUACACGGACCAAAAUCCAAUUUCUAACAUUAUUAAAUUAUCGGAUUAUAUUUGUACAUUUUACACGACACGGUCACGUGGGCACUUCUUUCCGCGACUACUUCCGGUUCAACAUGGCGCCUCUCACACCGCACUUAGCAGUUCGUGGGUCAGAUGGAACACUUCUUUUCCGAGGACCACCGAACUUUGAGGAAAAUCCAACUUUUCAGCGAGAUGAACGACCGAGCAAAUAUGUGACCUUCAGCAGGGAUGGCACUUUGUUUGGAUGGUGCAAUGGACAGAAGGUCAGCGUGAUUAAAGUGGCAAAUGGAGAAUUGGUGAAGUCUUUUGAUCUACCGAAAACCACCAUGCUGGAAUUUUCUCCUCUUAACAAAGUCCUGGUGACAUGGAAGCAGUACACCAAAUCACAAGAUAAUCCUCAGGGUGACGCUAACCUUCAGCUGUGGGAUCUGCAAACAGGUGGCUGCAUCAAAGCGUUUUACCAGAAAAAAGCAGAGGGAUGGUGUCCGAGUUGGUCGGAUGAUGAAAGCAUCGCAGUGAGAUGUGUGAAUAAUGAGCUUCAUUUCUUUGAGAAUAAUAACUUCGAAACCAUUGCUAACAAACUUCAUCUUCAGAAGGUAUCGGACUUUGCUCUGUCACCAGGAAACCAGCCAAGCAAGGUUGCUGUGUACGUUCCUGGAAGCAAGGGUGCCCCCUCUUUUGUCCGGCUUUAUCAGUACCCUAAUUUCAGCGGCCCUACAUCGGCUCUGGCCAACAAAAGCUUUUUCAAGGCUGACCGUGUGACCAUGUUAUGGAACAAAAAAGCCAGUGCGGUUCUAGUCACAGCCAGCACGGAGGUGGAUAAAACCGGCGCGUCAUACUACGGAGAGCAGACUUUACACUAUCUCGCAACAAACGGGGACAGUGCAGUGGUCCAACUUCCAAAGAACGGCCCUAUUUACGAUGUGACCUGGAACCCCAACUCUUCAGAAUUUUGUGUCGUUUAUGGCUUCAUGCCUGCCAAAGUCACAGUGUAUAACCUGAAGUGCGAGCCGGUUUUUGACUUUGGCACAGGUCCACGUAACGCUGCUUUUUACAGCCCUCAAGGCCACAUCCUGGUCCUGGCUGGUUUCGGAAACUUAAGGGGUCAGAUGGAGGUGUGGGACGUGAAGAAGUACAAGCAAGUGUCCAAACCACAGGCUGCAGACACCACGUUCUUCUCCUGGUGUCCUGAUGGAGAGCACAUUGUUACAGCCACUUGCUCACCCAGGCUCAGGGUCAGUAACGGAUUUAAGAUCUGGCACUACACUGGCACAGUUCUGUACAAGCAGGAGACACCAGCAGGGAAAGAACUCUGGGAAGUGGUCUGGCAACCGUUCUUACCUGGAACAUUCCCAGAGAAGGCGGUGAAGUACCAGGCAGCUUCAGGUGAACUCUGCAGCAUUGAAGCCAAGCCUGCGCAGGCCUACAGACCUCCUGCCCUGCGCAACAAACCCGAGAGCAGCAGCCUCAAACUGCAUGAAGAGGAACCACCACAGAACAUGAAGCCUGGUGCUGGAGACAAGCAGAUGUCCAAGGCAGCUCUGAAAAACCAGAAGAAGCGAGAGGCAAAAAAAGCAGCUAAGCAGGAAAAUAAAUCUGAAGUUCCUGCUCCAACUUCAGAGCCUCCACCCACCAGGGAGAAUCCUGUAACAUCUACAGAUGGAGACCCUGAAACUGACAAAAAGAUUAAGAACUUGAAAAAGAAACUGAAGGCUAUUGAAGAGUUAAAGGAGCAACAAGCAGCUGGCAAACAAAUGCAGAAAAAUCAGCUGGAGAAGAUGCAGAAGGAGGCACAGCUGCUAAAAGAGAUCGAGGCCCUUGAAUUAGGUCUAUAAUGCCCCAACCAUACCCCCCUCCCCCCCCCGAACCCUUCACAGCACUACUGUUCCAUAGAAUAAUGCAUAUAACGAGCUGAACCAGAGCAGAUGUCGGACUCAGUCUAGGAUAAACAUCUAUUAAAAAUGAUGUGCUGCCACGUUUUCUUAAUCCCUUAGCGCACAAUGUGAUCAAGAAUCAUUGCCUGGACUUCUAAAGGCUUUAUUGCUAUGCAAUCCGUUCUAUGUACAGAUAAUGAGGGAAGUUUUGCUUUUCUGCACACGCAGUGAAAUCAGUGGAAUUAACAUUAUGGUAGUGCACACACAACAUUCUGAAAACAUUAUACAUUCAUAUGAUGUCAUACUGGUCAUACUUUUUUUGGUUAAAAAGUGUAUUCUCCAUAAUCUCAAUUAUAUGUUGUGAAAUAAACGGUAAAUAAAGAACACAUUUCAAGAUAA